CAAAUACCAUUUCAUCAUGUCGGGGUAAAACCAAGCACGGCUCUGGUUUAACCGUGUUAUCACUACUUGCCUUGUCGCCACGAAUGCAUGUGUAUGAUACACCAGCUAUUUUUGUUCGCAUACGAAAGAAAAACUUACAUUCAGUUUUUCUUUCGUAGAUUUUCUUUUCUUUUUCUUUUCUUUUUCUUUUCUUUUUUUCUUGUUUUAUAUCUGGCGUUCGAAACUCACCUCUCUCCUCAUUAUAUCAUCUAUACCUGUAUAAUAUACGCGACGAUCUGGUCUCUUCAUUCUGAAAAAGGUGGUCUGAUGGGCAAUUUUUGGAUAUGGGCUGCAUGCAUGGCAUUGGAUCAUGGGGUUUCCUUUCCCUUGCUUGGUUAUCUGGGUUGUGUCGUUUCGGUAACGGAUGUAAAGGAUCAUGACCUACAUUAAUAGAUGAUUGACUGGAUCGGUCAUUACUCGUACUUCUUUCUCCUUGGCUUUCGGUGAACAUUGUUCAGUAAAUUUCUCGACUUCGUUUAUUCUACCUAAUUAUUCACAAGGCGGAAGUGAAGCCGACGGUCUAUAACGAGACUUCGA